CUGUAAACCACACCCAUAUUGCCUUGGUAACAUAAAAACAAGAUGGCCGCCCCAACUCAACCUGUGGAUGGCUUUUAUUUUGACGAGCUCUCGAAGAUAAGAGUACUAGACCCGAGUGCAGCUAACAAUACAGAGAACCUAAGAGAUGAGUGCAAGGAUUUUGUGGACAAGAUAUCUAGUUUCCAGUCUUUAGUGGGAGGCUUCAUUGAAAUGGUUGACCUUCUUGCCCGUCAAGUUGAAGAAGAGAAGACAAAAGCGAUUGGUGCUAGGACUCAUCUCCAGUCAAUUGCUAAACAGAGAGAAGCACAAAAGAGGCAAAUACAUUCACUCAUUGCAGAGAAAAAGACGCAACUGGAAAGAAUGAGGCUGGAGUAUGAGUCACUGCAGCAAAUCGAAAAAGAGCAAAGAGACUUUAUUGAGGAUUUCGGUUAAAUUACAAUGUACAAUGAUAUUAAUUAUUAUCAUUAAAUAUAGUUAUCAUAAUAAAAAAUAAUAAUGAUGAUAUUAAUAAAAAUACAAUAAUGAAAGUCUUUUUUUCCAUCUCAUUUAAUGCCA